CUGCAGGAAGAGGGAACAGGGGGGAAAAGCUAUUUCAGUGCUGCCCAACAAUGAAAAUGAUCAUCUCUGAAGUCUCCGAAGACACGUCCUGCCAAGUUGUCUGGUGGAGAUAAAAAGCCUUUGUCUUUGCAACAUUCAUUUCCUUUCGGGUCUACGGAAGUCACUCACCAGUAUUCCCACUCGGAUCCUCAUAUUGCUGCAUGACGUCACGGUUACUUACUGGAAUUAAAUUUCUCAUUGGUGAGUGUUUCACACUCACGGUGAGCUGCUAUCCAGUCACUUAGUGCUGUGGUUUUACUAGAGGGGCAGUGGCCGGUUGAUGGAGGGAGGAGGCGCGAGCCCACGGUGAGGAUUAGGCAUCAGCGUCCACUGAGCGUGUGCACGCGCCGAGCGGCGGCAGCAACCGUCCCCCCGCAACACCAGGUGUCCGCAACCGAAAGCUGAAUGGCGAGGUGGAGGCUCUGGCUGGUGUGCGGCUUUAUCGCAGCGUGUUUCAUCUGCGCCGUCGCUCUCGUCCUACUCUGCAUCCCCUCACUCUUGGACAGAGGAUGUCCCAGCGGCAGCUUCAAGCGCGCGGCCGUGUCCGCAGACUCGCAGCGUUGCUCCGAUAUUGGCAGGAACGUGCUCCAGCAGGGGGGCUCGGCAGUAGAUGGCGCCAUUGCAGCUCUUCUGUGCACAUCUGUGGUCAAUCCUCAGAGUAUGGGGAUCGGAGGAGGGUCUAUAUUCACUAUAAGAGAUAAAACAGGCAACGUUAAAGUCUACAACUUCAGAGAGACCGUCCCACAGUCGGUCAAGCCUAACCUCUUAAAUGAUUGUCCCACCACAUUUAAGCUGUGCACAGGCAGCCAGUGGAUAGGCGUUCCCGGGGAGCUGCGGGGCUACGAGGCAGUGCACAAGCAGUAUGGGAAGCUGCCCUGGGCCAAGCUGUUUGAGCCGACAAUCGCACUGGCCAGGGAGGGCAUCACUAUGCCGGACUUCCUGAUAAAGCUCCUGAACAACACCAUGGUGAAAAGCCACGUGGAAAAGUCAUCUCUGUGUUCUUUGCAAGUUUUAUGCAACAAGAACAAAACUGUUCUGGGCAAAGGAGAAACCCUGAAGUUUCCUAAACUCGCUGAAACCAUGGAAACCAUUGCGGAGCAGGGGGCAGAUGCCUUCUACACUGGCAAGAUAGGACAUGACUUAAUCCAAGACAUACAAGCUGCAGGUGGGACGUUGAAAAUGGAGGAUCUGAAGUCAUUCCAGGUGCGAGUUGAGGAUGCAUGGACAGUCCCUCUAGGAAGCACUCAAAUGCACAUCCCACCACCGCCUGCUGGGGGCGUCCUGCUUGCCUUCAUUCUCAGAUUGAUGAAAGAGUUUUCCUUGACUCCAAACUCCCUGGAUGGUGACCAGAAGAUUCUUAUGUACCAUCAUUACAUAGAGGCACUUAAAUUUGCUAAUGGACAAAGGAGGAGCAUUCGUGAUCCUGUCUUUAAUAACAGAAAGAGUGCAGAUCAUUUGAUCGAUCCCUCCUUCAUUAAUCGCAUCAGAAGCAUGAUUUCUUCAAACUGCACCCAUGACAACUCCUACUACAACAACAUCAAGCCUCCCUCUGAUCACAUUGGGACGACACAUGUGUCUGUCCUGGAUGAAGAUGGACUGGCUGUCUCUGCCACCAGCACCAUAAACCAAUUAUUCGGAGUAACCCUUUACUCUCCACAAACAGGCAUCAUCCUCAACAAUGAGCUUACUGACUUUUGCGGGAGAGCAGACAGUGUCAGGGCAGGAGAACAGCCUCCCUCAUCAAUGACUCCAGUAAUAUUCGAGUCAAAGUCGGGAGGACUCCUUUUGAUCGGUGGAUCGGGAGGAAGCAUGAUCACCACAGCAGUGGCCUUGUCUAUAAUAAAUCACCUGUGGCUGGGGAUGAAUCUGAAAGAUGCCAUUGCUGCUCCUAUUGUGUUUGUUGAUUCAAGCAACGCUGUGAAUUUUGAGCCUGAAUUUGACAAGUCUGUGGAAAAUGGCCUCAGUGAUCUUGGACACAAAGCUGGAGAGUGGAAAUACUUCCUUAAUGUAGUCAAUGCCGUGGAAAAGGAGAAAGGUUGCAUUGUGGCUGUAUCAGACAAGAGGAAGGAGGGAAUGUCAUCUGGAUACUGACCAAACCAACCAUGAGGAACACAACACCUUCCCACUAAAAUCCGUCCUAAAGACUGACUGAACCUUCAGCCGUAAGAACAAUGUGUGUGCUGCAUCCCUGACAAUAAAAUGUGAGCGAUUUGGAGCUCUGCUUCUUUACUGAUAGAACUGAAGAGCAACAGGAAACUACUAAUUUAAAGGAUAAUUCCAGUUUAUUAUAACUCAGAUCUCAUUUUCAUAGUUUGGACCAUCAUUUCUCUCAGUUUGGCAACGUUGUACCCUCAAAAGUAAUUGCAGAGAUCCCGUACCUUGGCAACAUGGCUCAAAAGAAGUUAGAUGGGGCAAGAAACAUGAGUGGUCAAAGAAUCAAAUUAUCUAAACCAAAUUAUCUAAACCACUUUAUUUGGAGGUAAAACUGCAAGUAGCCAAGUUUCAUCCAAUUUAGGAUUUAUGAAUUUAGCCAAAUUUAAAUUUAACCAAACUUCCAGAAAAAAAGGGCAAGAGAAAAUGUCAAUAAAUGCACUUUUUCAUCCACUAAUGUUAGCGAAUAUUAGGAGUUGGCCGCAUGGAGAUUAAGACCUUGGUGGCGCAAAUUCUCCAGUCGGGUGCCAUGAUGUAACUGAAGGACAUGCAGUCAAAUCUCAAAAGAACAAAAGCUAUGUAGAAAAUGUGGUGGAAAUUAGGCAUUUUUGUUUGUUUGCUGUGCCAAUUUGAGGAAGGUUACAGUCUCCUCAUCACUCCACACAGAUGUGACGUUUUCAUCUAAUGCUGUUUACGUCUCAUCACUACGGCAGAAGCUUCAGUGAACGGUUAAGUCACUUGCUUCAUGUACCACAUAGUUUAUUUGCCAAGUCUGUUUCUAUUGCACUUUGUCAACUUUUGCUUUUAUCGAUUAACCACCUUUUUCAUCUCUGUAAAGCAGAUUGUUUGGAUUUCCGGCAAUCCACUCAGGUUUUGUUUUUUUUUUAUGAGCAAAUUGAAAAUGCUCAUGAACAACAAGUGGAUGGAGAAAUACUUACAGACUGCACCAGAAAUGCUGGUGAUGAUCAGUCUUUUGCACAACUACAGCAAGUGCGUUAGAUCAAAGUUGAACCACAAAGUUGGGGUCUAAACUGUUACAGAUAAUGAGUGGAAUGUUUAGGUAACCCAGUUCUUUCGUGAACAGCAGUUUGACGAAAUAGUCUUAACUCAGUGUCCACUUACUAGCUUUAUCAACCGCAUCUCAGUCCUCAUUACCAGAUGUAGCUUUCUAAGUUGUCAUGACAGUUAAAAUGUUUGGAAAAAGCUAGUAACCUUGAUUCAGAUUAUUAUGUCAGAAUUUGGGUUAUUUUUGCAUUCGUCUUUGUUUUCUUUCCCAAAUAAAUUUGGAUAACCACGGGGUUUGUUUUAAAACAGUCGUAUUGUCUGAAUGGUCAGGUUUUUUCUUUUUAGGGCUGUUGGCAUGUUCCCAGAUCUCAGCAAUUACCUUCUGAGUGUGACUUAAAGAAAUGACGUCCAAAACUACAAAAAUUAUCAGUAAUAACCUGGAACUAUCUUUCGAGCUGAUUGGACCACUCCAUGCAGAAGGCUAGAUACGCAUUAUCAAUCCAGCCGGUUGUCACACACGCGCUGAUUUCAUACCACUUAAAUGAUUCAGACCAACACACAAUGAGCACACCGUCUGGCAGCUACUCUUACUGAUGAGAUCUGCUUUUAUGCACUGUAGGAUUACACAUUCCUGACUAAAGUGUAACUUGUGUGUGCAACAGCAAGCCACAAAAGCAAAUCUAUUGUAGUCAAACAAAACCAGCCCUACUGCUGUGUAACACUAAGGCUAUCAAUGACUGUUUCAUUUUCUGAGUGAACUAUGUAAUUCUAUGUAAAACUGUCUACUCUAGAUGAGCCAUGUACCCUUUCAGAGUGAAAUCCUGACUGACAUGUGAGUUGAAGGCUGUUCAAACGGAAUUUUUACUGUUACCGUAAAGAUUUUACUGAAUGUGAAACACCUUUGUUCAGGUCUUACAGCAUAUUGUUAUCUUUCUUUAAUGAUUAAGGAAAUGCUCUACAAUUCAAUUUAAAUAAACAAAGCUAUAGAUUCACAAUGAACAAAGUUAUCUCAAAAACGUAAGUGUAUUUUUUACAAUAUCAACAUGUAAUUUUGUAUUUUUUCUGUUUUAAUAUGUCAAAAUGUUGUUUUUUAUAAAUUACACAUUUUUACCAUUG